AUGUCGGACAUCAGCACGGAUUAUCCAUAUUGCAAUUGCGGGAAAAGAGCUAAAAUCCGAACUUCGUGGAAAACUCCCAAUUGUGGAAGAAGAUUUUUCUCGUGCCUCUAUUGGAAUGCAGGUGGAUGCAUGUUUUUUGGAUGGGUCGAUCCUCCUCUUUGUGCCCGUGCUCAACAAAUAAUUUCUGGAUUGCUCAAGAGAUUGAAUGAAAUGGAAGAAUCAAGAAAGAGGGAUGAGACUGAAAAAAUUGAGGUUCUGAAGUUUGAAGAAGAAAUCAAUAAAUUGAAGAAACAGUUGACAGAGUUUGAAGAAAUCAAGAAAUUGAAGAAACAGUUGACAGAGUUUGAAGAAGAAAACAAGAAAUUGAAGGCAGAAGUGCUGAAAUUCAAAAAGGAGAGUACCAGAAAAACAAGAAUUCUGAGGAUAAUAGUAGCAUUCUUGAUAAUGUUGAUUUUCAUGUGUUUCUGUGGCUCUCAAACAGUUAAUGAAUAA